AUGGCUACUGCAGACCUAUUUCGAGUCGAUGGCUUAGUUGCCGUUGUGACGGGCGGAGGCACUGGGAUCGGCCUUAUGAUUGCCAAAGCCCUAAGCAAUGGCGGCGCUUCAAAAGUCUACAUACUUGGAAGACGCAAAGAGAAGCUUGACUCUGUAGCCGCUGAGUGCAAAGGCUUAGUACCAGUCCAGUGUGACAUUACAUCCAAAGCAUCGCUCCAGUUCGCUGUCGACUACAUUUCCCAAGACACGGGACACAUUAACCUCCUCGUCGCCAAUUCUGGAAUCAUAGGCCCAAUGGCAACUAUCCUCCCGGGAAAGAGCGCAAAGGAAGUGAGGAAGAGUAUGUUCGACGAUGUGUCCAUGGAAGACUUCACCAACACGCUUCACGUCAACACGACAGCGAACUAUUUCUCCAUUCUCGCCUUCCUCGAACUCCUGGAUGCAGGCAACAAGGCUGCUAUAAAGGGCGGAUUUGGGCUACCGCUAAAGGAAGGCAGUAGCGUGCCGAGUAUCCAGAGCCAGGUCAUUGUGACGAGCAGCGUUGGUGCGUUUCUGAGGGAUUUUUUGGUUCCGCCUGCGUAUGCGGGAAGUAAGGCGGCACUUAUACAUUUGGUCAAGCAAUCCAGUACAGUGCUUGCUGGGUUGAGCAUUAGGGUUAACGCUCUGGCGCCAGGGUGGUUCCCUUCUGAGAUGGCAGAUGACCUCAUCGAAGGUAGAGAUCCAGGGACAGAGGGCACCGACGACGACCGAUUUAUUCCCGCGCGACGAUUUGGCGGCCAGGAGGAGAUGGGUGGGACUGUGCUGUAUCUUGCGAGCAGAGCUGGCUCGUUCUGUAAUGGGCUUAUUCUUCUCAAUGAUGGGGGAAGGGUGGCCGUUACGAAUGCGGAUUAUUAA